AUGAAGUUCUUCGCUACCAUUGGAGCUGUGCUCCUUCCUUUUAUUGCGUCGACCGCCCGUGGCAUAGAAUUCGACCCCGAAGAUGAGGCUUCUAUCAAGGCCGCAGCGCGCACAUAUGCGUAUGGGUUGAUGGAGCUAUACAAGAACAAUGCUACUGGAACACCGACGCAAGACAUCGGCAUAUGGCCGCAACCGCACUACUGGUGGGAAGGCGGGGCAUCAUGGGGGGGUCUGAUUGAAUACACUCAGUUUUCUGGCGAUAACUCGCACGUAGAGACGCUCCAGCAAGCGUUGACUGCCAACUACGGCCCGAACAAUGACUUCAUUCUGACCUACCGCAAGAGCCAGACCGGCAACGAUGACCAGGCCUUCUGGGCGCUCGCAGUCAUGUCAGCACUCGAGUACCAGUUCCCAGACGCCGACUCGGCCCCUGCCGAUUACCUCGAGGUUGCUGUGAAUGCUUUCAACAACAUCGUAGGACGAUGGGACACAACCACCUGUGACGGAGGCUUGAAGUGGCAGAUCUACCCCGAGAAUGCAUACGGCUACAACUACAAGAACUCCAUCUCCAACGGAUGCGCUUUUGCUCUCGGUGCGCGCCUUGCUCGAUACACUGGCAAUCAGACAUAUGCAGACUGGGCGGAGAAGAUCUACGACUGGACAAAGUCAGUGGGAUUGAUCACUGACAUCUACGAGGUCUUUGACGGCACUGACGACAAAACAAACUGUGCGAGUGUGGCUGACAAGACGCAAUGGACCUACAACAACGCCAUGUUCCUGCACGGUUCUGCUUUCAUGUACGACGUCACCAACGGUGCAAGUGUGUGGAAGGAGCGCACAUCUGGCUUCCUGAAGCACGCUGAGCUUUUGUUCUUUAGCGCAGUCAAAAAGGACAACAUCAUGUACGAGUGGGCCUGCGAGACUGGAGAGUCUGGCCGAACCUGCAACCUCGACCAGCAGUCUUUCAAGGCUUACCUUUCCCGGUUCAUGGCUAAGACCGCGGCUGUUGCGCCUUUCACGAAGGGCACAAUCACCAAAUACCUCACAGCGUCCGCAGUCGGAGCUGCAAAGUCGUGCUCCGGUGGAGACGACAAGGUGACUUGCGGUUCCAAGUGGUACACUGGCAGCUGGGACGGCACAUCUGGUGUUGGCCAGCAGCUUGCAGCUUUGGAGGUCACCCACGCACUUUUGUCGUUGAAGCAGAACAUUGUACCAGUCAAGAACAGCAGUCCUAAGCCGAAGUCAACGACAACCGCUGCGCCAAAGCCCAGCUCGACACCUGCCGCGAAACCUACCACAGCUUUUAGCAGCAAGCCAGCCGAAUCGACCAGGGCAGUCCAAUCCAGCCAGACUCUACUAUCGAGCAAAGCUGUUCCUAUUGUUUCUUCUGCGGCUGAAAGUGCGUAUGCACCACCAAAGUCGACUGAGGCUGCGCCUGUCAACAGCACUGCUUCAUCGACCAAGAACAUCAUCUCAACUUCUGCUGUCGUGGUACAUCCAUCUGCCUCUUCAGUUGCAUCCACAGUUGUCUCCUCGAUCAAGUCUGCUCCUGCCGCAGCCAUUCCAACGGAGAAGCCUGCUGGUCAAGCAGGCGAUGUCAAAUCCCCCGCUGGUGUUAACACUACCUGCACACCCAGCACCACCGUCACCAUUUACGUUCCGCCAGUUACGUCGGCACCCGAGGUUCCAUCGGUAGCGACGACUGUUACGCCUGUAGUGCCACCGGUUCUGACUACGCUUGCGCCCGUGGCACCAACUGCUAAUAGCAGCGUGCCUGCUAAUGGCAGUGUACCGAGCCCAUCUGCACCGGUGGAGUUUGAGGGUGCUGCGUCGAGUUUCAAGGUCAUGAGCGGGUCCAUCCUAGGUGCUAUCACCAUUGCCAUGGUGGCUGGGCUAUUGUAA